CAUAUCUCCCGGUGUCAACUUCUUUCUUGCACCUGGUGCCGCUGUUCUACUUCAUGUUAAUUACCGUGGGCUAUAAAUAGACCCUGCUGAAAACAAUUGCCUUGAUUACCCACUAAUGGCAUCGGAUCACAGCAGCGUUGAUCUCAGCAAGAACUCAGAGGGUCUGUCCCUCUCAGAGCUGGACAGAGGCUUUUAUUUAGACCAAAGCCUUUCUGUCUCAGCUCUGUCCAUGGAGACAUCAGCAGCCACCAGGCGCUUUCCUAAGGGAAUCGUGGUAGAGUUCUCAGACAGCAAUGGCUCCAUCAACAAUCUCGAAUCCUUUCCCAACUCACCCGGUGUUCUCUCACCUUCACUGGUAUCACAACAAAGCACUCCUACCCCUUAUACAUACAACCUGGAACUUCCGUUCAGGGUCCAGGGGAAAUCCUCCACACCUACCCAGGAGAUGCUCCUCAAGAAGCCAGUUCUGGCCAGCUCAUUAAACCUGUCCAGCAUGGAUCUGACCACGACCCAUCCGUCCUGGGAGGUCUCCCUCAUCAAUCCCAUCUCCGACAGCCCGAAGCUGGCACUGGAGUCCACUUCGCUUGAGUUGACCUGGAGCCCCAGAAAUCAGUCUGGGCAGCCAACAGUGGCGGAGAUUUCCUCCUUUAUGUGUUCUGGCACUCCACCAGCCACCACUCUAUCAGAUGGGCAGAAGUCUUGGAGGGAGACCCUGCCACUGGGCUCCGUGCUGGAGGAAGAGCAGGAGAGCCUGAUGUCAUGAUGCUGAGGAUGUCUACAGUGAGCUGAUUGCCUUGAACAGGAUGCAAAUGUUUUUAUGUAAAUACUAAAUAUUAACUGCUAAUAAUAAUGAAUAAAGAGAUGUACCAUGAAA